GCUUCCAGCAGUCUGGGGAACAGGCUGUUUAGCUCAGGCAGCGGAGGGAGGAGCAAGCGCUGCUCGGAGAGGUUUCCCAGCCCUUUCGGGGAGGAGAGAAGAAAUCCUUUCCAUCCCAAACUGCGUCCUUCGCGCUCAGUCCUUUAGCCCUCCGGAGAAAGGCUGAAGGUCCCCGUUACAGCGCUGGGCAGAGCAGAGACGAUUUAUUCCAAGGGGCAGCCUGAUCCUGCAAAGAUGGAGCCCUCCCAGGAUCUGUACGAGACCUCUGGGGACAGGCUGGACGCCUUUGUGAAACACAGCCUUCAGCCUCAAGCGGACUGGAAGGAAGAACUCCAGGACGCCUGGCAGCGAGUGGAGCGGUUCUUGCGGGACGGGUGCUUCUGUGGUGAGCUAGUUCUGGGCCAAGAAGUCAGGGUGCUGAAGGUGGUGAAGGGCGGCUCUUCAGGAAAAGGGACGACGUUGAACAACAGCUCUGACCUGGACCUGGUGCUGUUCCUGAGCUGCUUUUCCAGCUUCCGAGACCAGGCGUGGCACCGAGGAUCCAUCAUCGACUUCAUCAAGGAGAAAUUGGUGCACUGUAGCAGAAGCUUGGCCUACAACAUCACUAUGCUCGAACACAAAGGGAAGGCCAGGACUCCUCGCUCCCUGUCCUUCCAGGUCCAGUCCAGGAAGAGCAGUGACGUCAUUUUGGUGGAUGUGCUCCCAGCAUUCAACGCUCUGGGACACUUUUGCACAGAUUCUAAACCAGACCCGGAAAUCUAUGAAAAUUUAAUAAUCAGCCGCGGCGGCCCCGGAGAAUUCGCCCCCAGCUUCACAGAGCUGCAGAGGCACUUCGUGAAAAGCCGCCCUCCUAAACUGAAGAGCCUCCUGCAGCUAGUAAAGCACUGGUACCUGCAGCCCUUGAAACGUAAAUACCCACGAGCAUCUUUACCCUCAAAAUAUGCACUUGAGCUCCUGACCAUCUACGCCUGGGAAAUGGGCACAGAUGAAAGUGAGAACUUCAACAUGAACAAAGGCUUCGUGGCGGUGAUGGAGCUCCUCAGAGACUAUGAGGACAUCUGCAUUUACUGGACCAAGUACUACGAUUUCCAAAGUGAGAUCGUCCGAAACUUUAUCAAGCACCAGUUGAAGGGGUGCAGGCCCAUUAUCCUGGACCCAGCUGACCCCACCAAUAACCUGGGAAGCAAUAAAAGAUGGGACCUAGUGGCCAAAGAGGCUGCUCACUGCCUGCGGCAGGCCUGCUGCAAGACUGAAGAACCCGGCCAGGGCUGGCAUGUACAGCCAGCAAGGAAUGUCCAGGUGACAGUGAAACCAACAGGACAGGCUCCCCGGAUCCUCUCAGUGAACCCCUACAGCCCCAUCUGGAAGAUGAAGAUGGAGAUUAAGAGGUUGUACAGUCUCGAGAAGCAGCAGCGUCUCUCCUUCCAGGAACCAGGAGGAGAGCGGCAACUGCUCAGCAGCCAGCGGACCCUGGCGGAUUACGGGAUCUUCUCCAGGGUGAGUGUCCGGGUGCUGGAAACCUUGCCUCAUGAGAUCCAGGUCUUCAUAAAGGACUAUAGCGGCCAGAGUAAUCCGUACGCCAUCGACCCUGAUGACUCUAUCCGUGACUUGAAAGAGAAGAUUGAGGAAGCUGCAGGACCUUUCGUGGAAGAUCAACUACUAACAUUCCAGGGUCGGAUAUUGGGGAAUCGUCGCAGCCUGGCAGACCUACAGAUCAAAGACUGUGACACCAUCCUGCUCAUUAGGAAAACCUGAAGGCCUCCAGAGGGACCAAUACCUGUUCCCUAACACUUGGAAUUCCAGAAGGCUGAAACCCCGUGACUGUUCCAGUCCACUUUAUGCUGUUACAGCACAAUUUGUGAGACUAGGUAACUAAUAAAGAAUAAAGAUUCAGGGCCAGCAGGUGGCACAGAGAUUAAGAUAGCUGGAUACCACAUGGCCAGCUUCAUAGUUUGAGUCCUGGACCCAGUGGUUUGAAAAUCACACCAGGUCCAUGUGCAUGUGUGCCCAAAAUCCCAAGAGGAGGAUGGAAGAGAAGAGAACACAGCAUAGCCAUCCCGUCUAGGAAUUUUUCACUUUUUUUUCUCACUGGCAAGCACACAAGCCCUAUAGCAAAACUAAAAA